AUGUCCUCAUUCAAUUACACAGAUUCAGAGAUUAAAGCUAGACAAGAAGUCAUUGGAUAUGCCGUUGAACAAUUAGCCGUUUACAAUGAAUCCCGUAUCGAUAUUGGUGAGAAACCAUUUACUAAUCUCUCACAAGUAGUAAAUGAUUUACGUCAAGGUGGUUCCGACAGUGAUACUGUUAAUUACUACAGAGAAUUAAACAAUCAACAAAACCAAGCUAAACACGAUUUCACCAAAAACUACAAGGAUUAA